GUGCACAAACAAACGCUCAACCGCUUGUUUUCGUUCGCCACCAAAUCGUUCCUCUUCGCACCAUCACACAUCAUUCAACAGCAGACCCAGCAGACCACAAGAGCAACGCAGCACAAUCCCAUACAACACGUAUAUCGAUAAUGGAUCGCAACAAGACUCCCAUAAGCACGCCAGAGCGCGCCACAAAACAGGCUGCGAGCGACACCCCGCGCGCAUCGAACUCUCCUCGUACACCCAGGACACCAACUGCUUCUCGGACGCGGACAGCGUCUAUCGGCCGUACCUCUGCCACUGCACAGACGCCAUCACCAUCUUCAAGGACUGGUGUACAUCGGAGUAGUGUCAUAGGCAGCAGUGGCAACACACUCUCUACAUCGAACAACACAGAAAAAAGCGUUACGACCACGCCCGUCUAUCCAGAGUCCGAAGUUCUUCUCAACAGCACUGUCUCGAAUGCUGGACUUCAACUCUCAGAUAUCAUUCCUUUGGACGCAAAGACUGUCGAACGUAUCAAAAGCCUCGAAAUCUCACUCAAGCAGCACCGGGACGCUGAGGAGAGACUCAAGCGCGAUAUCCGAUCUACUCGUCACGAGCUAGUCACUUCCACUGAGCAGCAUGACAAAGUGAUGCAAAUGGGCAGGACCCAGCUACGGAAUUUAAAGCGCGACUUGGAUAAGCUGCAGGAACAGUCUCUCAAAAACAGCGGGAGUUUACAACAACUAUGGGAGAUCAUCCGUGGUCUGAACGAUAGUCUGGCAGCAAAAGAUCAGGAGUUGAUCAAAAUCAAAAACCGGUUUCAGGAGAUGGAACAACAUCGGCAGGAGAUUUUGAAGGACCGCGAGGAGACCGAAGUGGAGGCCCUGCAACAACUACGGGCCGAGAGAGACAAACUACGGGUAGAGUAUGAGGAGGUCAUGAAGAUCACGGAGGAGUUUCCUGAGAUAUCAGUCCAGCUGAAAAAAAUGUUUAAACCGGAGACGAUCGAAAGUAUCAAGGCGAAUAUUCAAAAGAAAGAUGAAAGAAUAGCAGAGUUGGAAAACAUGAUCGCCGAGUCGAAGAAAGUUUUGGGGACUGAAGAACAGAAAGCCGAGGCUUUGGCACACUUGUUCAACAAGGUAUACGAACGACGGAUCAACAUUCGCGCAGACGAAUUGAACGAGAGACUCAAACAUGCGGAGGAAACUGAAAGAAAACGAGAUCAGGAAGCAAAUGAUGCUCUUCAGGAAUUCCUUCGCCUUGACCAAAUGUCCAUUGAGGUGGAAGAAAAGGCUAGCGGGGAGGAGUAUCAGCUGCUGUUGGACAAGGAGGAAUUGUCCAACCUUGAAUCAGCACUGUGGUCUCUCAGGAUGGAACUCGCCCAGCGUCGCCAGAUAGUCGUCAGCAACAUGUGAAGCUAAGAUUAAAGGAAGAAACGACGC